UUUGAAUUUACUUGUUCUUUGGUUUUCUAAAUCACACAGCGGACGAAUUGCGAUCGAAACGAGAGCGAGCAGACAGAAACGAGCUUCUGGUUUUUCUCUUGCAAGCAAAAGAUAAUGGUGUGCGAGAAGUGUGAGAAGAAGUUAUCGAAGGUUAUCGUUCCGGACAAGUGGAAAGAAGGGGCUAGUAACACCAACGAGGGUGGUGGUCGUAAGAUCAACGAAAACAAGCUUCUCUCAAAGAAGAACAGGUGGACUCCUUACGGAACAGUCAAGUGCAUCAUUUGCAAGCAACAGGUGCACCAGGAUGCCAAAUACUGUCACACAUGUGCUUACACAAAAGGAGUAUGUGCAAUGUGUGGUAAGCAAGUACUUGACACCAAGCUUUACAAGCAAAGCAAUGUUUGAUGCAAACCAGAUAUGGCGUCGUCCCUCUGCUGAAGUAUUGCCCUACUGUCCCUUGGCUUUGUAAAUUGCCAUAACCUAAAUCUUCCCACAUUUUCUAACAAACAGUGUUCUCAAUUAGUAAGAGUGGGAGUAGUUCCUCUAAUACAUUCUCUUGGGUGUAAAGAAAUGCUUUUGAGUUUUAGAUUUCUCUUGCUUCUGUAUG